AUGUUCAAAUUCAGCGCCCAGACAAUCUAUAACAUGGCUGACAAUCACAUAAUCGAUGACCACUAACAUCAAAGGAGCCGACAGUUACUGUAGCAAUUGUAUGUAGUUAAACUGUGUUAUUGCUCUCUCACUUUAAUGUUGUCUUUAAUUCCUCUCACGGGAGGCGCAGUCUAUCUGUACAAGGUUUGUCCGGAAAAUAAUGUCAGUUAUUCUUUUUUUACGCGACUGACCGUCAGAGCGCGCUCGGAUCGGUUGGGAAUGGUAGAGGGGGAAGUCAACUAACGAAUGUUGAGUCACUCAGUCUUCUCCCGCCAGCCGCAUAGUAAGGAUAUGCGUUUCCGUGGAAGUCGUUUUGUGACCUCGUGCAAGUAAAAAUGCAGCGCUCGUUAGAACAAGGAAUGGCGAUUAUUGCGUUGAUGGCCAAAGCAGGGGUGCCAACGAUUCCCCAGCCUCCGCACAGUCCGGACGUCGUUCCCCCCGACUUCUUUAUGUUUCCACGCCUGAAAGGUUCCAUGAAAGCGCUGACUGAACUGACGUCAUGGUUGAGUUCCGAAAUUGAAAUCAAUAAGCGAUGUGCAAUGUUGUGUGUACAUCACGGAUGGUGGGAAAUGGCGAUUAUGUCAAAACAGCGUGUUAGAUCUCAUUGUGUUUGAUUUCACUGGGUCGACGAAGCAUAUAUUCGUUAGCAAAAUGGCUCGCAACACCAAGAAGAAACUCGCGAUAUUUGCGGGUACAUCCAAGUGUCUCAUUUACGCAGAAGCAAAGUACUGUGCCUCUGAAAUACCCGGAGAAAUAAAGUAUUAUGAAUGUUCAAGAACAGAAUAUUGUUGCGCACUUGGUUGUUGUAUAUCACCAGGACUCCAUUUCCAUCAUUUAUGGUACUAUUGGAUUCUGGUUAUAAUCAUGUUCCUGGUAUGUUCUGGUGGUGGCUGGUGGUACCGGUAUUGGCUGCAAGGCAGAUAUAGAGCAGCUGCUUCUGCUAUUCCAACUCGAUCUUCCAACACUAGUAGAUCCCAAAAUACUCUUCGCAACACACCCUGUCAGGCGCAGCAGGCUCGCAUUACAUACAACUCUGCAAGAAAUACCGUCCUGUUACAUCGCAUGUGGAAAGGUCCUCAAAGAAACGCAGCAGCGCCGGCGUACAACGGCAACGCGACCACGUCGUCGCAUUAUCAGAACAUGAAUGUUGUAUUGAACGAUGCCAACUGUCCCUACUACCAAUUAUACGGCCCCCCGCCGAGCUACGAGACGGUGAUAGCUCAGACGCGCGGCAAGAUCUCGAAUCCGGCGUCGCCGGAGUCGUCGGGCGCGCGGAUGGGCCUGCCGACGGCGAAUGUGAUACCGAAUCCGAGUGUACCGCAGUGCUUUUUUUACACUUGUAACUCCCCGCCGAGAUUGGCGGACGGUGGCGCGAAUCAAUGUCAAAGUGACACCGCGAACACACGGCAGCUCGAGAAUCACGAAGGCGUGCCGUUCGCGCAUUUCUCGCAGUACUGCGUCGUGAACGGCGCGAUCGGUCAGAACGUGUGCGUGCCUUUGGAGUACCCAGAGGCGCCGGCCGCUUCCGGCGGCUUAUCGUUCGGCCACAAUUAUCAGACCACCAGCCCGAACCGGCUGCCAGGAUAUCCGGCGGAAAACGCGCCGGCUCCCAGCUUCGCUGUGCAGGGCGCGGAGCAGGGAUACGAGCAAUCUGGCAACCCAUGGCGCGCGGCGGACGAGCGAACGCCGCCGAAGAUCCACUCUAAAAUCACCGUGCAGGGCGAGGAGGAUCGUCGGGACGGCGGCGACGAGAAGGAACGCGCGUCGGUAGCCGGAGGGAGGAACAGGAAUUACGGCGGCUCCCUGCGAUUACCGCGCAGACACGCCGGCGGCGAUAGCUUCCAGAGAGUAUUCCCCGAGGACUCGUCGGCCGCUCUCGAUUCCACGGCGGAACGGCCGCACGCGAGCUCUUCUCAAUCAAAUCCAUCCAAUAAUGUGAUACUAGAAACGUUUAUUUUUGACAACGCGCCGGCCCCGCGCCUCGACACCGAGGCGGCGCGCGAUCCUCGUGCAAUGAAUCGCAGUACAAACUUUGAUCUUGAAAGUAAACACAAAUUAGACAGAUCGAAGUCGCUAGACUGAAGAGAACGCUCGCGUCGCGAGCUCUUAUCGCCGUAACCGACGCGACGCUUAUUAUUCUCGUAUGUUUCUCUCCGUUCGUUCGCGCGUAACUCGUACAAAAUUCGACCGGCGGCUCUCUCCGUCGCGAUUCUCCGGAUAUAUCAUAUCGCGCUCGGGAGAUACGGCGAUUCCGCUUGCAACGCGACAAUUCGACUUUCUUUCUUAUAACGUGCACUCGAGUCGACUUGAUUAUCGUGUCCGACGAUUAUCGGAUUUCUCGUGUCUCACGGAUAUAUAAAGGUAUGUAUCCUUCGUCGACAUUAUCGGCGCGCGAGGAAUUAGCGAAACCUAAAUGCUAGACGUUAGACUUUAAAGAUCGCACUUCCGCAGUAUUUUUUGCAAGUAAUACCGCAACUCCAAAGCUAUACUAUUUUGAUGACCUAUUGAUACUCUUAAUAUAUCGUCUAGAUGUAACAGAGAAAGAGAGAUGAUAUAAUUCUAUUUACAUACGCCGGCGAAGUAUUUUAUUUUCGAUGUCUCUGCAAUACCGCAUACUGCCAUAUACGGAAAGGUCUUUUUGAACGUUGUAUCUCGGAUUCUGAGUUUGAUCUCUGCACACUGUAUACCUAAGUAACGUAACUUAAGAUCUCGGAGAGAAAACAAUAAAGCAGAAAGGACAAAAAAAAGUGUUAUCUCCAAUGGCUCAAUUUUAACCCACUCACGCACAAAAGGAACAAAGAAUAUCGGUGAUUGCGUUUCAUUACACUCUACGUCUCUAAUGGUAUUCGAUGAGCCAAUAAUUAUCGCACAUUUCUUAAUCCUCGAAUGAAAGCGCACUUAACGAAGCGAGUCUCUAUUGAGGAUAAGGUCUCUAUUGGUAUAAAGGGAGAGAGACAGAGAGAGAGAGAGAGAGAGAGAGAGAGAGAGAGAGAGAAGCAGAUUCGUUUUAAAUAUUAUUCGUAUAAAUUUCGACGUGUAUUUUCUAACGAUAAUAUCGAUAUCGAACUCGACGACGCCGAGAGAUGGUCUCACCUUCGAA